AUUUGUGUGUGUUUGAUGAAACAAUUGGCAAAUUCAUUUUGGAUUUUUUGAUGCCGAUCGAAUCGUUGAUUUUUUAAAAAAAAUUUCAUAUUCGAAAACAACCAAAAAAUGAAUAUUACCAAUAUUGAAGAUGAAGAAUCGAAAUUUCGUCGUGAUGCUCAUCGUUAUCUAAUUGAAUCGGGUGAACGUGAUCGUUUAGUACAAAUACUAAAUGAUAAAUUAAAAACAUGUGAAUGGCAUCAUAAUGUUUCGAUUUGUUGUCGUGAAUUAUUAUCCGAAAUUGGUGUUGAUAAUAUUAAUUUUGAUUCAUUGGUUGAACAUAUAACACCGAAAGCAAAAGAUAUGGUACCGAAUGAUGUUAAAAGCGAAAUGGUCAACAUUAUACAAACAACAUUGGAAAAAAAAUUCAAUGUUAGAUGAAUAAAGCAAAAUAAUAACCGCCUUUUGUAAAAAAAACAAAAUACCAAAAAAAAGAUAUCUGUUCAUCCAUUCUGUUUGCGUUUACUUACUUAAUAAAUCACAUUCACUCAAUUUAUUUUUUACUCAAACAAAAAGUAAUGCCGAAAAAUAA